UUCAAAAGAGAAUCUUUUCUUUUGAAGAAAGUUGAAGCUUAAAACCCACGCACAGAAACGCAGGGAAACUCAGACUCAGAGAUGGCGGUGAGCAAGGAGCAAGUUGAAUCAACCUUAAAGUCGAAGCUCAAUCCUUCUCAUCUUGAUGUUAUCGACACAUCGGGGGGUACACACGCAAUGUUGUCAAAUGUCGGAUAUGGCGGUGCUAUGGCAGCGACAUGGUGCUAUGGCGUUUCCACCACCGAACGCCAUGCCAUAGCGCCAUGGCGCCGCCAUAUCCGCUAUUUGAUAACAUUGGUUGCUAGUUGUGGUGCUAGUUACAGCAUUGAGAUUGUAUCACAAGAAUUUGAAGGAAAAAGACUGCUGGAGAGGCACCGGCUGGUGAAUGCUGCAUUGGCGGAAGAGAUGAAACACAUUCACGCUCUCUCCAUAACAAAGGCUGUGACCCCUGAUCAAUGGAAAGUGCAGGAGGCCAAAAAGUCUCAACAAGAUGCCUGAAAUAUGCGGGUAAACCUAUUAUACUAGUAGCAUGUCUAGCUGGAAAUAUACCAAACUUACUCUCGUCUAUCCAUUUCAUGGCUUUGUAACAGAAGAACGCUAACAUAAGAGCGUUGGUAUCCUGUUAAUGCCAUAUGAGAACUACUGUUGCUUAAGAAUAAUUUGGCUUAAUAUUGGCAUUUCUAGCUUGAGCUUGUUCAAGUAUAUCAAGCUAUUCUUAUUUCUUAUA